AGAUUCUCGAAGGCGGCGGCGGCGGCGGCGGCCUUGGGCCGCGGGGAAUGGGAGUCCCAGGGCCCUGACUGAGCACCGCCCCCGCCUCCCGGCCGCGCCAUGGCUCAGGAGAAGAUGGAGCUGGACCUGGAGUUGCCCGCGGGCGCGAGCCCGGCGGAGGGCGGCGGCCCUGGCGGCGGGGGCCUGCGGAGGUCUAACAGCGCCCCCCUGAUCCACGGCCUCAGCGACUCGUCGCCGGUGUUCCAGGCCGAGGCGCCCAGCGCCAGACGGAACAGCACGACGUUCCCGAGCCGCCACGGCCUGCUGCUCCCGGCCUCGCCGGUCCGAAUGCACAGCAGCCGCCUGCACCAGAUCAAACAGGAGGAGGGCAUGGACCUGAUCAACCGAGAGACCGUUCACGAGCGCGAGGUGCAGACCGCAAUGCAGAUAAGCCACUCCUGGGAGGAAAGUUUCAGCCUGAGUGACAACGACGUGGAGAAAUCCGCCUCCCCGAAGCGCAUCGAUUUCAUUCCGGUGUCUCCGGCACCGUCCCCGACCCGGGGAAUUGGGAAGCAGUGUUUCUCACCGUCCUUGCAAAGUUUUGUGAGUAGCAACGGACUGCCUCCAAGUCCCAUUCCCAGCCCAACCACCCGAUUUACCACCCGGAGAAGCCAGAGUCCCAUCAACUGCAUUAGACCAAGUGUUCUUGGACCAUUGAAAAGAAAAUGUGAAAUGGAAACUGAUUAUCAGCCAAAGAGAUUUUUCCAGGGCAUCACCAACAUGCUGUCUUCUGACGUUGCACAGCUGUCAGACCCCGGUGUGUGCGUAUCUUCCGAUACCCUGGAUGGAAACAGCAGCAGUGCCGGAUCUUCCUGUAACUCACCAGCGAAAGUCAGCACUACCACCGACUCUCCUGUGUCGCCCGCCCAAGCAGCCUCCCCCUUUAUUCCAGUAGAUGAACUUUCCUCAAAGUGACUCACUCAUCUUGAAUCCCCCUCCCCCAAUGGAGAGACAAAAAAACAAAAACAAACAAAAAAAAAAAGAAAGAAAAAAAUCAAGUUAGAGCAAGCACUGAACUUUGUCGAUUACGUUAAAGCCGUUUCCUAUUUGACUCUUCCCUCUUUUUGGAAAUUCCUGAAAUGUUAUUCUAGAGAAUUUCUAUGUCAGGUUCCUGGGGAUGCCCUUGAAUUCAGUGUAGUAAUAUUUUCGGACUUUUUAUCAAUAAGUGUGUUGAAGCAUACAUUUUACGCUGCUAAUAUGUCUAAAUACAUAUGUUAUCCCUUGAUUUUUUAAAUAAUUGAGAGCUCUAUUUAUUUAUGGGAUUAUUAAGUUCUGAUGAAAAUAUAAAUGUUGAAUUUCAGUUUAGUAAACUGAUGUUUUAAAAUUCCAUAGUUCAUGGCACACUAAUUUUUGGUGUUUUCAAUGGUUGCUAUUUUACAUCUACUGAAGAAUUUACCUACUUACAGCUUUAAAAAGAAUGUUAGUCAUAUCAGUCCAUUGGUUGUCUAGUUUACCCAGGAGCCCUUGGUAUUUAAUGUCCUAGGCAGAAAGGUGGAUGGGAGGGAAAAACGACAAAAGGAGAAAUAGCACUUGCAGCAAAUGUUUUAAAAUUCAGUAUAUAAAGUAAAUAUUUACGGACAUUUUCUAACACUUUUCAUAGUAACUCUGGUAAAUCACACUAAUACAAGUACAGAAAUGACAAGUUUCUUUGUGAAAACAUUUUUAACCAGAAAGUGCAUUCUUUUGGGUAUAGUCCUAAACAAGCAGGGGGACGGUGCCUUGUAGUCUUAGCUCACAUGGAGACAGGUGAAGGCAAGGCUCUUGCUGCCAUCUCAGAUUUAACACUUGUGAAAUGUAAAUGUGUGAGAAGCACCGUUGAGUGUUGGAGAAUACCCAGACAGACGAUACUCUCUCAAUCCUUGAUAGACUUGAAGCUAUCCAGUCACGUCUCCAUUCUUAAAAUUCUUGCCAAUGAGAAGCCAGAGCAGCUCGUGGCUGCUUUUUUUGCUCUGCCCAUCUGUCACCUUCAUCUUUUUCCCUUGCUCAGGAAGGAAGCAGUUGUUUCCUUGCCAACAGGUACUUCCCAUUUCCCACCAAGCUAGGGCGUGGCUAGAUAAAGGUACCUCUGACUUGGGUUUCUAACAGCGUGAUACAUCUCUGUAGUUGGAGUUAUAUUAACAGCAUUGGAAAUGUCAGUUAAUUAAAGACCGAUGAUGAUCAGUGGACAGUCACAUCCAUAAAUCAUCACUUAGGUUUUCUCUCUUUUUUUUUUUGCCAGGGGGUGGGGGUGGGGAAGUUUCCGAGACAGGGUUUCUCUGUAUAGCCCUGGCUGUCCUGGAAAUCAUUCUGUAGACCAGGCUGGCCUCGGACUCAGAAAUCCACCUGCCUCUACCUCCCAAGUGCUGGGAUUAAAGGCGUGAGCCACCACCACCCCGGCACUUAGGUUUUCUUACAGGUAGAAGUAUGGGCUGCUUUUUCUUUUACAAUUAAGAUAAACAACAAAUGCUUUUUAUACUAUACUUCUUUACAAUACUUCAUCUGUCCUAGAAAGGUAAGACAGAUUGAAUGAAUAACAGACCAAAAGAAAAAGGUUCAAAACAAUACUUUGAGAAAGACCUGACAAAAAUUCCAACUUAACUUUUUAAAGUUGCCACCUACAGACUUUAAUAAUGAUGUGGAAUUUUUAGAACUCUGAGAAUAAAUGGAACUGGUCAACUCUUGACAGUUGCAUCAGGUUUCUGUGAAAUGACAUCAAGGGUAAGAUUGUGUCUGUGUUUAACAUUUUGGGGUAAUAGUCUGUCUACUUGUGCUUCCAUCCUGAUUGUUUCAGUUUAAACCUACAUACCCAGUUUCCUUUCAGGUACCUUGACCUGCUUCCAGGGGAACUUUUAAUAGCCUCACAACAAAAUCUCCCUCCAUACUUAAUGUGUUCCUGCAGGUCGAUGGCAUCCUUGCCUCAUUUCCUAAACUAGAUACCAUUGGCACAUCUGAUGUCUUCCAAUUAAAUACACAUAACCCCCGAGCUCUGUCAGUUUCUGUCAGUUUUUAGAUCCUGCUCCAACUCCCCUGUGUCUCGCCUCUCUUUUGGCUUGAUCUUCACCACUGCUCAACAAUGAUUUUAUUACAGUAUAAACUUGAUAUUUUUUUCAUUUUCAUACUCAAAAACUAUAUCUUUUAUAGUUCUUAUAGUUUAGGCAGCCCUGUAAGGUCUUUGUUGGUCUGGUUGUACCCUAAAGUUACUUCAGUCCUCUCAGUACUUACCUCCCUCCUGCUGCAGAUACUAGACUACUUGAUAAUUCUUAGAGAUAUAUUCUUACAUGUUUACACAUUUAAAAUUUGUGUGUAUGUGCGCACGCGUGCGAGUGUGUUGUGUACACAUGGAGGCCAGAAAACAGUUUGUGUGAGUUGAUUGUCUCCUUUCACAGUGUUGGUUCCAAGGAUGGAACUCAGGUGGUUAGUAUUGGUACCAGGAACCUAAACUUACCCUUUGAACCAACCCUCCUCAUCCCCCUUUUUAAUCCACAUGAAUUUCUACUGAAAACUGUGUAUAAAUGGAUUACUAAAUACUUAA